AUGCUCAUCUCGUGCCCCGUUGCCUUCAAGCAUCCAGCAAACUGGACAGUCAGCCUGAUCAACCACAGGCGCAACUCAGCAGGACCUACCACUUCGCCAAAAACUCCAGACCGGAGCACACCAGACCAGACCCUCUUCCUCCCACAUCGAGGAGGCAAAAUUGGAAUCGUCAUGGGCCAUAAAAGAACCGGCGCCAAAGGCCGCAACGGCCUCCCUUGGUCCAGAGCUCGUGAUAACGACCAAGUAAUGCGUGACGUGUCGGCCACGCGAGGCAACAACGGUAUCCACAGAGGCUCCCAGCGCAACAGCAACAACAGCAAUAAUAACUCCCGCGACAGCCCACAUCACAGCCAAGGGCCACCAGUCCGGUUCGGCAACAAGAAUAGUAAUAACCCCAACAACUCUCCACGAAACCAGCGAACUCACCGAGGCCGUGGUGGCGGACAGGGUCAACGUUACCAUCCCAGCAACCACCACAACCUCAGUCACAACAUAGCCGGGGAUGUCACCAACCACCACCAGCAGCACCAUCACCAUCUAGCUGAAAAUACGUCCGACUCGGGCUUCGAAUCCGACGACCUCAGCCCCACAGAGCAAAGCUACCCCUAUUUCCACAACAACAACAACACCACCACCAUGGACCCCCUUUCCCUGCCCUCAUCAGCUCCCCUAAACCGAAACUGCAAAGACUGCCGGCAGAUCCGCAAAACCAAUCUCAAGUCCCGCGACGACAUCUUUCGCACUCUGCAGAGCAUCUGGAGCGGCUUGGUGCAGUGGAGCAACGACGUGGGGGUGCCAUUUGGUAUUGCUGAGGACGAGAUGGAUUGGCAGCCUGAGCCGAUUACGCUGGUGCUGGUUGUGGAUCGGGAGAGGGAUAGGCUUAGAGAGUACGGGCUGGAUUUGGGAAAGAGUGAGGCGGGGAGUGAGUGGGGCUCGCCUUCGCAGCAGCAGACUCAAACUCAGUUUCAGUCUUGGGCUGACGGCAGCUUUGAUGGACAAGACGGACAGGGACAGGCGGGUUCCAACUCUAGUGCGUGGAUACGCGCGGGAGGAGGAUGUGGUGUACUCACCAGCUACACAAGCGGGUGUAAUCCCACCACAUACACCGGGUCAAGCGUGCCCGUGUUAUCGUAUACCCUAGCAGGACGGGCGAAGGCGGAGGUGGAGUUAGAAGCGGAUGCUGGGCGGCGCGAGAUACCGAUGGAGCCGCGAAUGAUGGAGAACCAGGCAGGUGGCAAACUCCCCCACGGAUGA